AGCAACAGGCCGCAAACGUCGCGCAUCCCUCCUGCGUACGCGGUAGUUUCCUUUCUAUUUCCCUACCUUUCUUCUUCUUCUUCAUUUUGUGCAACAAAUUCACCGGAAUCUACCCACCAAGGGUAGGAACUUGACACAUCCGGAGAUCAUCGAGGAAGGUUUUCGAUAGUCAUAACAACUACACUUACGACAUGAAGAGCUCAUUAACAUCGUUGUAUGUGCUGUCCUUCAUUUGCAACUGGGCGCUGGUUUCUUCCUCCAUAUUAACCCCCAUAAAGGCUGAUGGAAGUUUGAGGAUCUUCAAGGAUGGGCCCAAUGACUUCGAAUACGCGCUGAAGAGGCAUGACGUUGAUAGAAGCUCGGAAGAUUCUGAUUCAAAAGAACGACGAAGCAGCGUGGGGUCCUCUUUCAUUAGAUACGGUCGCAGCGAUCUGGACGGAAAUAUAGAGAGAGUUUCCAACAGCGAUGGCGAUGGUAGCUCGAAGGUGAACAGGUAUCCUCGUUGGAAGUCACCGGAUAUCAUCAUUAGGUUUGGUCGAUCGGGCUUCAAGAACCUGAACGACGACACACAUUACAGACACGGAAGAAAUAACUUGAAUUUUCUCAGAUACGGCCGGAACGUACAGAUUUAUCCCCUAGAAAUCGACAUGACUACGAUGUGCUCCGAUCUACUGUCCAAUGACGAAAUCAACGAUCUUCAUCCGUACGAGGCGAGGUUGCUUCGUCUGUGUAACAUUUUGAACAACAGCGAUAUGGAACAUAGAAACAGUCCGGACUUCUUAGAAGACCGACUCGGUUCGAAACACAAUUAGAUAUGCUCUUGUAAUCGAUCCAUCGCGCCUAUUCAUCGGAAUUUGUGCCAAGACCCGCCGUCAACAGCUGCUCACUUUCGGGACACUGCACCGUAAUCGAUCCCGAAAUUCCGAUGGACAACGUUGUUAUCGGCCGAUCCAUACUCAGUUAUGACUUGACGAAGACCUGUUACGCUUUUCUUCGAGCUUUUAGCCUUGCAAAUGAUUUUAUGGAGCCAGUUGAUGCUUUCGUCUGGGUCCUUCAGGUAAAACUGCGCUUAAUAGUAUUAGACAACUACUGUCGACUAUUAGUCAACAAUGAUGUCACAAGGAUCACGAAUUGAUCUUUCAAAUGAAAAGUAUGAUAUAAUUCACAUUUUCUAACCUUAACAGAGGAGCAAUUCUUAUAUUCAAUACAACGUCAACGAAUUCUACAUCAUAUUAUUUGUUUGUUAGAAAACAAUUUGUGGACAUUUAUUAGCUACUUUGCAAAAUCUUAUAUUUUCAAGUCUGUAAGAUUAUUUUCUUCCUCAACUGCUUCAUAUUAAAACAUUUUUCUUCAGACAUCAAGUAACAUAAUGGUCAGAAACAAAAAUGGAUUUAUCAUAUUUUUCCCAUGUGAUUGUUAAAUUGAUUCAUUAUGAACUGAGACAGAUUGAAUCGAGUCGAAAUUUUUUAAUUUUUCUCAUGGAUCGAUUUUAGAAUUUUUAUUGCGCUAUUCGAUUUUCAGUAAGUUCCUUGAAUUUUGUAGAUUCAAGAAAAUUUGUGAAUCGUUGUGCGAUCAUAUGUAAAUAAUACUGUUUAAUAUUAUUUUUGUUAACGCAUUAUUACGUUUUUUAAUGGCUAUAAUAUGUCCCUUUUGCAUAAUUUAUUAAUUAGUAAUAGUGAACUGACGAAUGACAAGUUGAUUUCUUCUUUAUAAAUGUACAAUUUUACGUUAAAUUGAUUAAUCAAAUGAUUUAUAUGUUAUUUGUUAUAUAUAUGUUUUUUAUAUAAAUUCAUUUGUAAAAUUCCAUUUGCUUUGCUAUCAAACUUGCCCCAAUUAUGUAAGAAAGUCAAUUGCUAAUCUGUAUUGAUAAUCUGUAACUUGUGAAUUGUAAAAUUCCAUUUGCUUUGCUAUCAAACUUGGUCCAAUUAUGUAAGAAAGUCAAUUGCUAAUCUGUAUUGAUAAUCUGUAACUUGUGAAUUGUAAAAUUUCAUUAAUAAUAUUAUAGUUCAAUCGCGCAGAAGGGAGUUCAGAUAAAUGAAUUAUCAAUAAUUCUAAAAAAAGAACUGUUUGUAUUUAUUUGAAUCAAUAAUAUCUAAUUAUCAAUGAUACGAAACAUGAUAAAUUGAAGCAGUGAUUAUUACACCUAUUUUAAGCAACAAUUUUAUAAUUCCUUUUUAAUGAAUAAAUUUUGCCGUCUAAAGAGAUAAGCGUAACAAUAAACAGAAGAUAAACAGUUAUACGAAUCACUAUAGUAGAAACUUGGUGUAUCAAUUUAUGCGAUAGUCUAUAACGAUCUACCUCACUAAUUACUUUUCACAAAUUAAUUUCUAUUUUAUCAGUAGUAAAAAAAUAUUUUUCUACGAUCUUUUCAAAAUUUUAUGUCGUCGCUAAUUAGUCUAAUUAUUGAUUUAUGCCUUCGUAGAUAAUUUUAAAACCGUAAAUGAUUUCUGUUCAUAAAGAUUUAUUUGUUCGAUUAACAAAAAGGCCGACGAAUAACGUUGUACCAUAACGUUCCUUCUGGGUACUUUAAUGUACAUCCACCUGCGUAUUCAGUGUAAAUAAAGAAAAUUUCAUUGGCUUCGUAUACGUGAAUCGAGAGUCCAUGAGAUUAGUCCAAACAGAAAAGAGAUGAAAUAAAACUUGAACGUUUCUGCGUUGCAACAAUCGUCUUCAUUGUCUAUAAUAAAACUAAAUCGUCAUUCCAUUGUUAGAUUGUCGAGUACCUGAAAAAAUUUUGGCUAAGUCCUAACAACCUAGCAACAGAGAUAAUGAUUAAUUUUUAAAUAAUCUAUUAGUUUCUUGCACAGAGUAAAGUGCAAUAAAGCGAUUUCUUUUAAUAUAGUUAAACUUAAUUUUCUAAAAUUAUUUUAAAUUGAUUAAAAUCAUUAUUUAUAAA